CCGUGAUCUGGGGGCGGGGCUUACGGCCCAGGUCCGCACUGUAAGUUCCCAGGCUCUCCCUGGUGCUCUAUCUUAACCGCGCAGCUCUGCAGCUUUGCCGGCGCACCUCAAGCUUCUCAACCCUGUACUAAAGAGAGAAUCUUGGAACAAAAAGCAAAACACACCGCUGCUGGCGAGACAUCACCUUUCUGCCUCUACUUCUCCAAAACGACUUUCAUCCAUUUGGGAAGAAAAGUAGGGUGUACCCACACACCCUGUCUUUUUUUGGCCUUUAAUCUAACUUUUUCUAAUUCCGUGGGCCAACUUUGAUCACAUUUUACCCUCUAAUCUUUGGUUUUUGGCAAGCGUGAACAUCAGCCCUCCGGAGCCAGUGUUGAGAGAGCACUGAGGAGGCCAGUGUGCUGAAGUCGCCAUGUCCACCAAGGUCCCCAUCUAUUUGAAACGUGGCAGCCGCAAAGGCAAGAAAGAGAAGCUUCGGGACCUGCUGUCCUCAGACAUGAUCAGCCCGCCGCUUGGGGACUUCCGCCACACUAUUCACAUCGGCAGCGGCGGCGGUGAUGACAUGUUCGGGGACAUCUCCUUCCUGCAGGGAAAGUUCCAUCUCCUUCCAGGGACAGCAGCGGAGGAGGCCGAAGAGGACGGUGGCUUCGACCUUCCCUUCCAGUUCACUCGCACUGCCACAGUGUGUGGGCGAGAGCUGCCGGAUGGCCUGUCACCUCUGCUCAAAAACGCCAUCUCCCUUCCUGUUAUUGGCGGCCCUCAGGCCCUCACCCUGCCCACAGCUCAGGCUCCACCUAAGCCCCCGCGCUUGCACCUGGAGUCCCCACAGCCUUCUCCAAAGUCCUCCCCGCAGGAGGCAGGAAAUGUGGACAUCUGGAGGGUGCCAGAGGCUGGCUCGCCCCACAAUGGGAUGAGCGCUGAGCCAGAGGCCGAGGAGCCCUUCCUGUCGCAUGCCAGCUCCCUGCUGUCUCUGCACGUGGACCUGGGGCCUUCUAUCCUGGACGAUGUCCUCCAGAUUAUGGAUCAGGACCUGGGCCGUGUACAGAUCCCCACAUAGGACCCUUGACUGACAGGCAGGUCACCCAGGCUGUGGUGAUGCCUAGAGACAUCGAUGGACAUGGUCCUGACCUAGGAGUCAGGGUCGCAGGUCCCACCUAUGGGUGCUGGCCAGUGACUGUCAUUUUGAGCCUUGGUUUUCUUCCCUCCUCCCAGGGGACAGAGUGCAUCUUUGUUUGAUCUAACAGCAUCCACAGGGGACUCCUGCAGAUGUUGCCCCAGAGACUCUUGAGCCCCUUAGGUCAUUUAGAUCCUCACUGCCAAUUGUCCCCUUUCCCUUAGGUCCUUCCCAGACAUGGCUCUGAUGAUAUGGACCCCACCACCCCCUUUCCAACUACCCUCCACCUCAGCAUCAUUGGAUACCCUUCCCGUCCGUCUUUGUGUCUCGGUCUGGGAGCCCGCCAUCCAUAACCAGAUAUGUCCUUGUGUCCUAGCCAUCCCGUCCUCACAUGACCAGGUGAUUCUGGUUGCAAUAAAACAUGCUGCUGCUUAUAGCUGAGCACCCUGAGCUCUUGUCCCUGGGGCUUCCUUCGAGGGUGGGCCAGACUCCUCAAACAGCAGGCUCACGUGGGAAAUGCUCCACCCUAGAAGAUUCCAUAGAGGCUGA